AUGUGUCUUCAAGCACUGUGGAGCUUUUGGCUUGCAUGUGCUUAUCAUUUUGCUUUGAGGUAUAAGAAAGAUCUCCAAACCCCAAUCUUGGUUAGCUUAUUCGUCGGUGGCGACACACUCUUACCGUUUCCUUACAAACGUGACAUCAAUGUUAUCUCUAGCAGCUGCAUGUUCAUCAGCAGGAGUUGUAGUUUUAUACGCUAA